UCAACAUGUUGCUGAUGGGGUGUGAUAAAGAAAGAAAAAAAGAGAGCGUGAGGAAGGAAGUCUGAGAGAGACACUAAAUGAGUCAUUUCUCCGCACCCAAAAGCCGGAUAGAUUUCUUUAAUCUUUAGGUUGCGAAAGAGCUGCUGGAUCAUUAAAUAAAGGCGACCGAUGCUUGAUCUGUGGUGGUGUGGUGCAGCGUAAGGGCGGAGGAAAUCCAUCGGCCAAAAAGCCAACCUCCCCGUUUCCCUUCUUCGGGGCAUCAGAUUACGCCUCGCUCAUCUAUCUGUCAGCCUGGAGAAGGCAAGGGUUCCUCGACGCUCUCAUUUCUCUCCUCCUUCUUCAUCGUCCUCCCACCUGCCUCUUAAGAGCCUCUCGGCAACCUUGAAUUCAAGAUUUAAGUGGCGAUUUCUGCGUGCUGCGUUGCCUGCCAUGCACAUCAAAACCACCAAGUGUAACCACUUAUGUCUGGUUGUCUCAAUGACCAGUCGGGAAGUGUUCAAUCAUCCCGAAGCUCAGGCCAGCUUCGAGGCUUUAUUCCAUACUUUUGACCCAGAUGCGCACUUCCAGUACUUCAAGUCCUUCCGUCGGGUCAGGAUUAAUUUUAGCAACGCACUCGCUGCGGCAGAGGCAAGACUGCGACUGCACAAAACUGAUUUUCAUGGCAAAGAGAUGCGCCUCUACUUUGCUCAGUCUGUCCACAUUGGGAGUCCGAGACUUGAGCCUCCAAAGCCGGAGAAGCAGUUCCUUAUCUCACCACCGGCCUCACCUCCAGUGGGCUGGGAGCAGUCUCAGGAUGCUAUGCCUGUCGUCAACUAUGACCUGUUGUGCGCCAUCUCAAAACUAGGACCAGGCGACAAAUACGAGCUCCACACAGCCACGCCCACCACCCCCAGCGUUGUCGUCCAUGUUUGCAAGGAAGAUCUUGGUGACAGUUUGGCUCAGGAUGACAGCGAACCGGACAACAUGGCGCGCCCCGCACGGCCCAAGAUCGUCCAGACACGCCGGCCUGAUUACACACACGGUGUUGAGCAGCUAUCGGCACUGGAGUGAAAGCUGUCCAAAUAACCUUGUGAUGUCAUUCAUACGGCGCAGAAGAUGUGCUCUCUGAGAUUUGCUCUCUGAAUUUGGGAAGGUGCCUAGGAGGUGCUGCAUUGUCCCGUUGGCAAGGAGACAAACUUAGAAUCAGAUGCUGUAUUUGUGUCUACUGGGAAAGAUCGGAAAUUCUUUUUGAGACGUUCAGCUGUGUGAUAACUGCUCUCCAAUUUGAGGGUUUGGGAUGAUGGAAUACCAGGUUUUGAAGUGUGUAAGACCUUAUGUUCAUGCUUCAUCUUAUGUUUGGAUACUUGGUUUAUAGAUUUGUUAGAUGUUCUAUUACUAACAUGUGCAUGAGAUAAGCUUGUAAUUGACAAGAUUCCCACGCAACAUAAAUGCAGCAUCAUUCUUUACAAGCAAGCUUCACUCAAAUUCGGGGUGGAAAAUAAAUUGCUUAUCAAUAAAAAUACAAAAGCUACAUAUUAUACACCACCACAGUUCAGAUUUCCAUAGUGAUAAUUUAAGAUGGUGGGUGUGUGAUGUCACAUCUUUAAUAUUAUAUAAAGUGUUUUGUGUGCCGUGAAUGUGUGGUCAACGUGUACUGCUUUACAUUCUGAUACUGCUCUGAAAUGAGAAUGUAAUAUUCACAGUCUUGUCCUUGUCAAUUCUCGGUGAAAAGAGGUAUGGAAAGUGUCUGGUCUUUUCUUGUAAACUAGCAGGGAAUUGUUAGACUUGUCCUAUGUUUCAUUCAUUCACAGAACUGUCCAUGUAUGACAAACGCAGCAAGGCCUUUAUCUGUGGUAUGUGGCAACAUGGUUGGCCUUUUCCAGCCAUGGGGGGAAAAAAAAGUCUAAAACUGGACCAUCUUUUUGAUCAGAGUUUGGCUUUAUGUAAGAUGUGCUAAGAAUUGUAUUCUGACAUAAAAAUCACUGUUGCUGAGCCUAAAAGCCAAUAAAAGCAAUGAAUUGAGUAUUACA